UUCUCAUCCGAGUGACUCUCUUUUAAACUGUAUUACAUAUUAGAGACUUCUUGUUGGAUGACAUAAUUUAUACAUCUUCAUAACUUGUAAAUAGCUAAUUGAAACAAGCCUAAUUUCAAAGCAAGUAGGCCUAUCAAAACAGCUGUACUGUACAUUUCCCAGCUUAUGACCUUCUUAUUUUAGCCUAACUUUGUUUUAUUGAUGCUUAUUAGUCAGAGAGUUACAGUAUUAAAUACAAAGAAUCACAAGACAUCAACUGAUAAAAUGGAGAUAAAUUAAAUAACGUUAUGGAUAAAAGUAACACGCUAGGCCAUAUAGCAAAAUAUACAAAUAUGCAAACGGUACAGCAGUAAAAAAUUUUUUUUAUUAAUUUUAAAAAUAAUUUUAAAAAGAAGGAAGAAAGAAAAUAAACAUAAAUAUAUAAACAUAUAUAUUUUGUCUGUGCUCUCCAUUUUUAACAGGAAAAUGAAAGAGGAAAUUUUGGCAAAUGUAGUCAAAUUUUUUUCUAAUAUUGCAAUCUGUAUACCAAAUUUUUUCUAUUUGAAUAGAGUGCAUCAGAUCAUGCAUCCAAUGCACAUAACUGGGCGGAGAAGGAUUUUUCUACUUCAGUGUUAUAUGCCUUUUAGCAAUUAUUAAACAGAUAGCAAGUGCAUUAGACUGUGAAGAUGACAAGAAAACAUUUGUAGGGUAACGUCUAAAUAAUGCUACUAGGGUGUGUGGUUUGAUAUCUAAAAGAAAACAUUCAGAAAUGUAUUUAAAAAUUGAUGCCCAAAAAGUGCUUAGUGCUGGAAAAAGCCAGAAAGUAUGUCAGAAAGAGUGGCUGGAGCUUGUUGACACCCAUCACAAAUUGGAUCAAAACCAGGCUGACCUUCAUAUUUUACACAAACUUUUGGAAAUCUAUUGUAUUUAAUUAAAAUUGUUUUACAUACAAAAAGAAAUAAAACUCUUCAAGUAGACUACUCCCACUGAGCUCAUGAAGUUAUGUGGACUAGCAGUUCUGUUCAGAUACCAUGAUACUUGCCGCCCUCAAGUGGUUGAGAAAGAGAAUACAACCAAUAAGAAAGUACUAGCGACACAGCAAUUGCAGAAGUACGGAAUUAAAUAUUAAUAUAAAUGUUUGAACCAGUAUUAAAACAAGUAGAUUUACAUUUAUAAUAUGAUUUAAUAUUUAUUUUAGUUUUAUUUUAGCCAUUACUAUAAGAAUUGUGAGGUAUUAUGUAUGCAAUAGUCCAGCAAAUUUUAAAACAAAACAAAAUGAUCUCAAGGACAAGCAUUCUAUUUGAUGUCACAAUUAGAACGUCAAAGUGGAAUGUUAAGGAAUGACGGUGUAAUUUAGUUUUAGUGGGUAGUUUGGAGGUAGACAGUGCGUUUGUUUUAUCAUGGGUCAGCGAAUUUCUUGUCUGAAUAUAGCGACAGAGUCGGAGUGUGUGUACAGUUUCCAUCCUAGUACACCACUUCAGUUAAAUAAUGACACGCCUCGUCAAGAAAACCAUCAGCUUGAUGAGAGACGUGUUCCUUGUGAGGAAGAUAGAGUAGGGAGUUUGGUAAAGGAGAAAAAGAAAGCGAAGAAAAAAUCGAGUUUUUGGAGAAAGCUGUUCCGCUUUUCACGCCCAAGAACUGGAAGGGGUGAAAAGGUGGAGCAGGUGGACAGUGAGAAGGUGAAGCCAGUCAUCCAAGAAGGACCUUCUACUGAUGGUAAAUCCCUUUUUUUUUGUGUGACUGAAAAAAAAUGAUCACCAUAGCUUUAAAAUAUUGUCCCUGCAAAUAUAUGUAUUUGUAAAAGGAUUGAAACGUUUCUGUGUGUUUUUAUUAAAGUAAAUGUUGAAUGUAUGUUCCCCUCUUUUGAUCAAACCUCAGUAGGAAACAUCUCAAGCACUGUUGAGCAUCAUGACUACCAGCAAGCUCCUAACAGCCUUGAGGUUCCUUCCUCCAUCAUUGACCUGCAAAUACAGGAACAGUGUGAGAAUGUGGAGCUGGAGGAAGAAACUUCUAGUGAUGAUCAAACUUCAGUGGAGACCAUGUCUUCUUUAGAGAGUUAUGGUCCUCAGAACACUCCCAACAGUAGUUUUGAGAUUCCUCUCUUCGCUGUUGACGAGCAAGUCCUGGAGUUUCCAGAUGAUCUGUCAGAGGAAGAAACUGUGUGUCCUCUGGCAGAAACCCCAAGCCAAGACAUGGUCUUGAUUAUUGGGAGCAUGUGCUGGACCUACAAAAUGGGUGAGCUACUGGGAGAAGGAGGAUUUGGUGCCGUGUAUGCUGGUGUCCGUGCCCAUGAUGGUCUUCCGGUGGCAAUCAAGUUUGCCAAAAAAAUGGAGGGCAUGGAAUAUCUCUACGUUCCUGGCCUUCCAGAACUUGUACCACUUGAAAUCGGCCUCACACUCAUGGCAAACAAGGGUCCCAGCUCACCCAACAUAAUCGAGCUUCUGGAUUGGCAGGAAUUUCCAGACCAUUACAUAAUGGUCUUGCAGCGCCCUUCACCAUGCCAGAGUGUGUUCAAGCUUUUGGAGAGCUGUGGGAACAUCUUUGAAGAAAGGUUUGCUCGGUAUAUGAUGCGCCAGGUCAUCAAGGCAGCUGAGACCUGCUGCCGGCGCGGAGUUCUACACAGAGAUAUAAAGCUGGAGAACUUGAUAAUCAACACUGAAACCAUGGAUGUCACCCUGAUUGACUUCGGCUGUGGGAACCUGUUCCAUGAAACAGAGUACCACACUUUUAGUGGCACAGAGAUGUACUGCCCUCCGGAAUUUUUCGAGACGGGCAAAUACUUUGCACGGCCGGCAACUGUGUAUUCGCUUGGAGUGCUGCUAUACACUAUGGUGUGCGGUUAUAUGCCAGACCACACGGAUCGGGAAAAGAUGCAGCACUGGCUGUGGUAUCUGCCAUCUUUGUCUUGUGAAUGCAGCCAUCUCAUAAAUGCCUGUCUGCAUCCCGAUCCCAGCGAGAGGAUAACACUAGAGCAGAUCCUCCUUCACGACUGGUUUACGAUCACAUCAUCAGACAUGGAGGAUGAGCGCCCGGUCCUGGUCAUGCAGGAAGAGCUGAUUAGCCAGGCAUGCUAACACCAGUGGCCUCACCACCUCUCCAGUCCUUUGCUUCUACUAUUGUCUGGUGCCAGAGCUUGAGGCAGCAAUAUUUGCGUCUUGCGGUGUUGCGGCCAAAAAUGUAUUGUUGAAUUGAAAUAAAAUUGUGUCAAUUGAACUGUUGUGUUUGUCUUAUUUUUGUCAGUUUUUUUGGUGAAUUUGAAUUGGAGUUUGCAUUAAGCCUACUAAGACCAUGACUAACUAGUACAGGUGUAUUUUAUUAUAAAAGAAGCUGGUCCUUUUAUUAUAAAUUGUGGUCCUCCAGGAGCUGGAUUGGACAUAGUAAGUAGUAAGGAAUGUGUAUUUAUUGUGCACAU